GGAUAUCGAUGAACACUACAGCAAUAGCAAUAGGGAUCGACGAGCUACGAGUACGAGUCCUGCUGCAGAGAAUAAGGUAGCGGAGCAGCGGAAGGGAUACCAAACGGACUCGGGCAGUCAAAAUGCAAACAGAGCCUUGCAGAAUACCAAAAACACGAGAGGGAGAACAAGCUUGAAACACCCCAACGCCGCACCAACCAAAGCCUCGCAUCGCACCGCAUUGAAUUUCAUUGCAGCGCACGACAACGCAACAGAUCACAGCACAACACAACACAUCGCCAUGGCGCCUCCCCGCGGCGGCGGCAACAGCGUCGGAAGCAGGCCACCGCCGAUCUUGUUUUUGUUUUCGCACUGCUGGAAGGUCGUGGCCUGCCUCGGCUUUGCGGCGAUUUUCGUGCACCAGUACCGGUUCCUGGGCCUCUUCUACGAGGAAUCGGUCUCGGCCCCGGCGGUGGGGAGCCUCGCGGGCGUGGGGGUGGUCCGGGAGACCACGGGGUCGGCGGCGUCCUUUGCUUCUGGGGCAGCGGCUUCUGCUGCUGCAAGGCAUCCMKCGGCGCCGAUCGCCGCCGAUUCCCCACCAAAGGRCAGGGCUUACACGGCGGAAACGGACGCGACGACGGAAACCUUGGCACCGACCGCCGCACCGACGACCGCAUCGACGAGUGCAUCGACCUUACCUCGAGAAGCGGAGGUUCCGGAAACCUCCAGAUCCGCAGACAGCGAGCUCGUCGAGCUCGGGGACCCUUCGCCUCCACCGUCGCCGCCGCCUACCGCUGCCUUGCAGCUGCUCGACCUCGGCCGCGAAUGGAAAAAAAAUCUCAAAAAGAAGCUGGCCGCCGAGGAAAAGGUCCGGGGCCGGGGCACCAAGCCCAAGGGAAAGCUGCGUGCCAGCAUCCGCAAAAAYUUCAAGAGGCUCAACGACCGCCUGGCAGCCAUCAACGCCACCGCGGAGAUCGACGAUCCGAGCCGGUACCACUUUGUGACGCACGAGGGGUACCAGUCCAUCGUCGAGGCGGCCCGAACCUCCCURGACGARGCGCUGGAGGCCGUCCGGACCGACUGCGUCCUGUGGCUGGUCCCCCCCACCGGGACCAUCACCGCCCUCGAGGUCGAGCGCGACGACGCCGACACCACCAGCCACGACAAGAACCCCCUCGCCGGCCCCCUCCUCCGGUUCCAGUGCGGAACCAACGCCACGGACCUGUCGGAGGAUCCCUGCGGCGCCUCCAACCUCUGCAGGGURCGGUCGGACCCCGGCCGGUGGAGGGAAUACUAUGCAAGCAGCGGUUCCAACGAACCCGAUGCCUUCAAGAGUCGGUACAACCACACCGAGCUCGAAGAGAGGCUGAUGCCCUCGAGCAAAGACCACCCGGACGCGUCGUCCUCGGCCAUCCUGACCAUGGUCGACACCGUGCAGUACCUGCGGUACGGCAAGAGCUCGACCUCGCUGAAAAAGCAACAAAUCUUCAUCUGGGAAUGUUUCCUGAACAAGGCGAGCUACGCGCUGCAAACCAACCGCGAUUUUUACAUAUGGAUCGGUGGGGUCUCCGAGAACGAAGGAGGCGGCGGAGACGACAAGGUCACCGUCCUCAAGAAGAAGAGCAAAAAGAACCCCAAGGGGAGCUCCAAAAAAAUAAAACCACAACCGGUCCUCCACCAGCGCAACACGGAAGAGAUCGCGAGGGUCUUUGGGACCACCUGCAACCCGGAAUCCCCCGACAAAAACGUGGUCCACUACUACAAACCGGUUGCCUUCGGGGCCUACUUUCAAAAGAUCGCUCCGCAGAGGAACACCGGUGGUGGUGGUGGUGGUGGAUCCUCCCCCGACCCCCGCGCGUGGUUCAUCGACGCCGACAUUUUCUUCAACCCCGAGGCCUUUCCGUCCGUUCCCGCCGCCGACAGCGGUGACGAUGACGGUGGCCCCUUGUCCCUCGACGACUACUUUGACAUUUCRCCGCAGGCAUCGCUGCUGGGCUCCCAGAACCCCUCCGGCAAGGACGAGAACAUCCUGAUCAACGGCGGUUUGCUGGGACUCCGGAACCGCGGGAGCAAGACCSUCGAACACCCUUUCGACGACUGGGUCCUGGAUUUCUCCGCCCUGUGGUGGUACUGCCGCUGCGGGGAACGGGACCAGAUCGCCCUCUGGCUCUUGCUCUUUGCCACCUGGAGCGCCGAGAGCAGUUUCAGCCAGAGCGAGGCCCGGUUUUCCUACCCGGGGGUGGCCUUCGAAAACUACCUCUUUGCCUGGUUCGCGGUGAUCCCCCACGCCCGGAUCUUUCUGCCGGUGCUCCAGCGGGCGUGGGCGAGGGACACGGCCGUUCCGGUACAUCCGUCGGCGUCGGCGUGGACCACCGUCCCCACCAACACGAGCCUCUUCGACGGCGGGGACGGUUUUUCGGGGGGCGGCGUCUACACCUACCCCCUGGAACUCCCGCACGUCCUGCUCCUGCCUCUGGGCCCCUUUCGCCUGCCCCCCGAAGCAGGCACGCGUCGGGCCGGAGCCGGGCCGCGGUGGACCGACUUUCCCCUCGGCAUCGUCCGGAAAAACCAGCCGGACAAGAAGGCCAUCCUGACCCACAACAAAAACAUGCGCAACGCGUGCUACAAUUUCCAGUGCUGGCCKUUUCUGAUCCGGGAAGAUCCCUCGARCACCGUGGACGGAGCGGCGUCGCUSGCACCGAACUCCGGYGCUACGGACACGGAGGAAUUCGACGACACCGAUGAACCCGAAUGACGGAACGGUGCAUGCGCAGAAAAGACGCUGCCGGAGCAAGGACAGUCGCCAAAUCCGGCCUUUUGCAUGGCUCGGUUUUGUCGGAUCGGCUCGUACCACUACGACAGGUUGGUGAAUCGAUGGUUUCUGCGGCCGUCGCCCCGAAGGUUUCGAACAACCAC